AUGCCAUCAUCGACCUCGACAUCUUCAGACUGGGAUUUCACUGCGGUGAUCAAUCUUCUACACUCACCGACCUUGGGAAAAGACCAGUCUCUUCAUGGUCGCCGCCGCGACUCAAACCAAGGAUCGUCUGCCUCCGUUGAACCGGUCAGGGAUGUUACUACUACUUCAACUCCCCCAAAGUCCAGUUCAAAAUGUGAACAGAAAAUCGACCAUGCCGGCUCUCCAAAGCUGGGGGAUUUUGGGUCUUUAUGGGGAGUUCUAGACAACAACAGCCUGCCUGAACGGCAGAGUCGACACACGCAGGAAACCGCUGUUGAUCAACCCUCUGCACGAUCUAAACCCAUCAAGAUAUUGAAACGACCGGUCCAGGAAAGCCGAACCGACAGUUCACAAAGGCCUUCACCCCCAGCUGCGUCUUUCACAAUCACCCAGGAUACUACCGUCCGAUCGACGAAAGUUGCACCACACCCCACUGAUAGCACCAUACACGAAUCUGCCACGUCAGACAGCAGCACCGAAGCUGAAUCCGACAGCAAUGACAGUACUUUCGAUCCGUCUUUUUCUCGGAACUCGGGCGUUUUCACGUUUGUCCCCCCGCAGGUCGGCAUCGCAACUUCGAGAAACGACACGGAAACUCCACCAACCUCGUACGAUGAGCUCGCAGAGAGCUCUUUUCCUCCUCCUGUGACUGCCACGCCUCUUCCCGACAGGGGAUCUCUUUAUUCCAGUCCGACCAUCUACAAAUCCAGCACCGAUCGGCGUGUCGGUCUUCUCACCAAACUUCUCCAUCAAUUCCCUGAUUACGCAGAUCUUGUUGCCCAGGUCGGACGACCUGUCGGUAGCCAAAAUGGCGGAUCGAAGAAGAAAUCCGCUGCUUCACGCCCUAUCCACGUCUUUGUGGAUAUCUCCAAUAUCAUGGUUGGACUUCACAACUGCUAUAAAUCAGCACGGAACAUUCCCGCCGAAACCCGAACCCGUCGCCUGCCUCUCUCUUUCCAGAAUUUCUCUCUGAUCUUGGAGCGAGGUCGGCCGGCCGCCAAGCGCGUGCUGGUCGGAUCAGAUCGGUUUGCGGCGAUCAAGGAAGGCGAGCAGCUCGGCUACGAAACGAACAUCCUCGACCGUGUGCAGAAGGUGAAAACUCCUUCUCGUCGCGCGGUACGAGCGCAACGGGCCACGCGGGUCCGCACUACUCAGGAUACAGGCAGCAGUUCAGAAACGAACGAUGCCCCCGCGGAGCGAUGGGUCGAGCAGGGCGUGGACGAAAUUCUACACCUGAAGAUCCUGGAGAGCCUGUUGGAUACGGCAGAACCGGCGACGAUCGUGCUGGCCUCGGGGGACGCGGCGGAAGCCGAGUUCUCGGGCGGGUUCAUGCGGAUGGUGGAACGGGCGCUGCAGCGACGGUGGACGGUCGAGCUGGUGAGCUUUUCUCAGGGCACCAGCUAUGCGUAUCGGCGGAAGGCGUUUCGAGAGAAAUGGGGGGCGCAGUUCCGGUUGAUCUUGCUGGAUGAUUAUAUGGAAGAAUUAUUAGACCUGUAG